AGGCAGUGAAUUAAGUAACACACAUGCACAUUGAGCCAUGAGAGGUGGCUGGCUUCAGCCGCACAGUGUCUCGUGACUGCUUCAGAGCCCUGAGCGGGCAAAUAGAGGAAAAGCUAUUGAGCGCUUCCAGACUGCUGCCAAGGAGGAUGUGAGUGAGCAUCAAUGCCUCCUCCUGGUUAGCGUCGCCUAUCGGGCCGGGCCUGCUCUCGCCACCGGUUCUCCUCCAUCCAGCGCUGAGAGAAUGAAAGGAUGGCCGAGCAUGGGGGCGGUCUGGAUGGAGGACUGACGGAUGCUGCGACCAAGCUCGAUGAACAUCAGCACCACGUCGCAAUGACUUCCAUGGAGGACCCGCGGUCGGAUGAUCUGUCUUUGGAGGAGAUCCUCGGGCUUUACAGCCAACCCAUUAACGAAGAGCAGGCUUGGGCCGUGUGUUACCAAUGCUGUGUGUCGCUGAUGAAGGAACAGCGGAGGAGGAGGAGAUGCUCCGAUGCAGCCGAGUUGACGUCGGCGGGGGGCACUGGAAGAAUAUCAGGACCGGGAGACGUUCAGAUCGCAAAGGACGGAUCGGUGAGAUUGCAAAAACAAAGCUGUGAAGGAAAAUACAAUCCAAGUACGCAGAUAGAGAUGAUAGAGUCUCUGGGCAUCAUGAUCUAUAAGGCUCUGGACUACGGACUGAAAGAGAAUGAAGAGAGGGAGCUCAGUCCUCCACUGGAGCAGCUGAUUGACAUGAUGACCAACAUAGCAGAAGCCGAAAGUGACGUCUGCCCUGAUGAAGGUUACGAGGCAACUGAGGAAGAAGAUGAGGCAGAUGAUGCCCCUGACAAUAUUUCUAGUGUUCAUGGCUAUAGAGGUAUCCUCAAGCUGUGUAUGGAUCAUCUACCUAGUCAGUCGGACGCCCCUAGUCACUACCAAGCAGUAUGUCGGGCUUUGUACACAGAGACGAGGGAAUUACGGACUUUCUUGGACAAGAUCAAGAGUGCCAAAGAGAAUCUUCGUAAGAUGGAAGAGUCAACUGAAGAUCCCAAAAGAGACCUGGAUGACUUAGAAAAUGCUGAUUGGGCUCGAUUCUGGGUUCAGGUGAUGAGAGACCUUCGAGAAGGAGUCAAGCUAAAAAAGGUGCAAGAGCGUCAGUACAACCCACUGCCCACUGAGUACCAGCUUACUCCCUACGAAAUGCUCAUGGAUGAUAUCAGGUCCAAACGCUACAAAUUGCGCAAAGUCAUGGUGAAUGGAGACAUUCCGCCCAGAAUUAAGAAGAGUGCUCAUGAAGCCAUACUGGAGUUCAUUAGAUCCAGACCACCCCUUAACCCCGUGUCUGCACGUAAACUAAAGCCACCAACUCAGCCUCCUCCAACCCUGCAUGAGAGGAUCCUAGAGGGAAUUAAAUCUGAGCGGAAACUUCGACCUGUGACUCCAGAUAUGGUUCGCAGGGGACGGAUGGGUUUUGGGAAAACUCGAAGUAUGCCACAGGAUUUGUUCCGUACAGGACGAGAUGAAUUUAGUCCACGCAUGGGCAGGAGGACCUCCAGCACUAUGUCUCUGACUAUUGAACCGGCAUCUCCCAAAGCAGAACCCUCUGGGUCUCAGUCUGUACCUCAAAGGAAGAAGCUUCUGAAGGCUCCCAGCCUUGCCGAACUCGACAUCUCUGACUCUGAUGAGGAGUUUUCUGGGCACAGAUCAGCAAGCACUUCAAGUCUUGCAACAUCUCUAAUGGAUGACACAUCUCCAGAGUCAGCACUGGGAAAAAAGACUCCACCAAUGUUCCUGCCCAUUUCAUCCACACCACAACCAGAGAGGCGCCAGGCACCCCAGAGGAGACACUCGAUCGAGAAGGAAACGCCGACCAAUGUCCGACUAUUUCAGCCGCCCUCGAAACACAAUUCAAAGUCUCUGGAAGAGUUUUGUUUCCCGGUAGAGUGCCUGUCUCUGACAGUGGAGGAAGUGAUGCACAUCAGACAGGUGUUGGUAAAAGCAGAACUGGAGAAAUUUCAGCAGUAUAAAGAAGUCUACUCCGCAAUGAAGAGGGGAAAGCUUUGCUUUUGCUGCCGGACCAAAAGAUUUUCCUUUUUCACCUGGUCCUACAUCUGCCAGUUUUGCAAAAAGCCUGUGUGUUCACAGUGUUGCAAAAAGAUGAGAUUGCCAUCCAAACCAUAUUCCAGUCUUCCCAUCUACUCCAUUGGGUCUACUAACACUCAACCCAAGGAGGGGAUAAGUGGCAUGACUUCUGAAGGACAAGGACUUGCUGUGGCUGCAGACCCGCUGACUUCAGCUGUGGACGGAGCAUCAGCAGCUACUGCAUCCAAAUCAGAAGCCAAAAGAGCUGGAAAAGCUUCUGGGGCAACCAAAUCUGGCAAGUCCUCCAGCGGCCACAGACGACCGAGCAUCCACAAGACAAUGUCCAAGCUAUCCAAGCACGGCUCUUUAAAGUCUCACGAAGCACUUGAGCUUCCAUCAGAGCUGACUGAAGACUGGGCCACCAUGGAGGUUUGUGUUGACUGCAAGAAGUUCAUCACUGACAUCAUUGCCUCCAGCAAACACAGCCUGUCACUUGCUACCAAAAGAGCUCGCUUAAAACGCAAGACACAGUCCUUGUACAUGUCCUCGCCGAAAGGAAGGGAGGACUACCGGCCGUCUGAGCGAACCAUCAGCGAGAUCUAGACUAUCUCCAUCUGUCCCUCUGGCUGUUUCCAACUACAGUCAUAAAUAAUAAAACUGUGGCCAGUGGGGAUUUUCUUGCUGUGCCCUCGUCAUUGUGUACAGCUUCUCCAUAUGGCUGUCUCCUGUACAGCUGCAGUCAUUUUCAUUAUAUUAUGGAUAACCCUUUAAUUUGUGCUCCAUGAGGAAUGAGGACAACAAUCACACUGACGUUUGUCAAAGUGGAAAACUGUCCUCCUCUCAGUCGGGUGGUCUACCCCAGCUCACACUUGAAUAAGCACAAGAAGAAGAAACUCUGGGCAACUUCAAGUAAGAGAGAUUCUAACGUUGAAAGAUUACAUUUUGUAUGAGUUUCAAUUUUCUUUUGCAUUCAUUUGUCUGUAUACCACACUAGACUUUUUUGGGAUGGUGGCUCCUCCGCCAAGUAUCGUGAGAAGAAUAUUGACCUGAUUCAGUACUGUAUUCAAAGUUGCUUUUUACAUUCAUUCAUUCAUUCAUUCCCUAAAACAUAUUUUUGUGCAGGUACUGUGCCAUAAGAUGACCCUGUAUGUUCUACAUUUGAAAAACAAAACAAAAAACCCCCCACCAAAAUACAUCCUUGAAAACUAAUUUCUUGAGCUGAGUUGUCUGAUAAAACAACACCCAGAAGUGUCUUCAUCUGAACUUUGUUUAAUUGUGCAUUUCACAUUCAAAACGCAUCUGUUAUGUAUCAAGCUAAUCUGAGAAAGCACAAAUAAAAUGAUGUCGCUACAACACAAGCAAGCAGGUUCCAUUUGACAAGUUUUAAAAUGAUCCUUCUUGUGCACAUACAGACACAAUUACCACCAAUAUAACUUCAUACUUGCCUUUCAAUCAUUUAUUUCAAAUAUCUGCUUACUCUGCAUUUUUAUAUCUGACAGUUCCAAAUGUGUUAACUUGCUGCUCUUGCUCUGGGCACUAGCAAUACAUAAUCUACAUUAAGUUCGCUUUAUUUUUUUAACUUGUACGUCAGGCAAAAUGCCUGAUAAUCCUGUUUUGUACGAAUGCUUAGUUUCAGUUACGGAGUGGGGACAAUAGGCUAUAUUGUAACAAAUACAAUAAAUCUUGAUGUACGUAAUGCCUUCAAUAAUGUUCCUUUGCCAUCCAGAAACUGGUUGGCUGAAAAUAAAUGAUGUGUGGUUCUAUUUUUGGAUUUUCUGCCUUAAAAGAUGUCUUAUACGAUCAAGCUAGUAUACUGACAGCCAUUUGGUGUAAGUUCUUGUCAGAUGAUUUGCUGGCUCACUUGGGAAGUCCUCAGUAGAAGCAUCACAGUCUGACAGCAUCAUGCAUGAACAGUGUCGCUUGUAUCGUCAGUGUAUUACCAUCAAGCUCGAGCUCCCUGACCAGAGUUCUACAAGUGAUCAAAAAUAAAUGAAUGCAAUACUAUA